AAAAACAGCAGCAGCUCGUCCCUGUACCGGUACUGAUAGCGUACCGGUGGUACAUACUACUAAUAUACAAAGCGCAGGGUUCGCCUCUUCAACCCGAAAGUGUUGAGAACCGACAUCAUGAAGUCAAGGCGAUGAUAGUACAGAUUUCCGCUGCCAUAUCUUUCGCACUCUCCUCCUUCACAUUUGACCAGAAAAACAGGCAGUCAUGACGACCUUGGUGUUCGUCGUGGAGACUACCGUCGUGCAUGCAAACGAUCCAUCUGCGGGCGUUCCACUCCCCAGUGAUUUCUUCCAAUUUGAAGAGACUGUAUCCAGUGGUCAGCAUGCUCGUGCGGGUGAAUCACCUUCCAGUUCUGGAGCUCAAGAGUCGGAAGCAACCGACAUGGAAAUGGGCUUGGCACUGCACCUAAGUGCCGCUAUGGCUGCAUCCAAUCAAGCAGUGGAUCAUGCACAGAGCAUUUCUACACGUACUUCCACCACCACCACAAGACCUCCGCUGCUCUGUCCAUUGACCGAACAGCCUCUUCAGGAUCCAGUGGUGAAUCCCGCCAAUGGGGUAUCUUAUGAAAGAAGUGCCAUUGACUGUGAGGAAGACACAAACCUGUACCCUCCAAAUAGAGUACUCAAGGACUACCUGCACGCCGUGCAGGUGCUUCAGGAAGCUUCUGCUACUAUGGAUUCUCCUAACACCAAUGCUUCCUCCAAGAAGGCAAGGGCAACAAAAGAUCUCUUUGCUCUCUUUUUCUGUUCCAUCACAGGGGAGGUCUUGCGAGAUCCUGUCAUUGAUCAUGAAGGCAACACAUAUGAGCGCAGUGCCAUUAUGGAUUGGAUACAGCAGCAUGGGGAUUCUCCCAUCACUCGGAAUCCACUAUCUGCACAACAGCUCUAUGACAAUAUCACCCUCUUUGAGGUGAUCAUCCAAGAGACGCUUCUACUCCAACAGCAAGGAACAGCAAUUGAUGAACUCCAAGCUUUUGAAAUGGCAGUGUCCACACCUGGUGACACUGGAUUCGCUCAAGCGGCCUAUGACAGCUCGCAAUACGUAGGGAGCCUACCGGUACAUCCACAGGACGGGACAACACCACCAGGCAAUAAUGACAACAAUGUGACUGAACAAGGACAACAGGAAGUCAACAUGAAAGAUGCCGUGGUUGGCGGGGUAGUACUCAUUUGUAUGUUGGCAAGCUUUAUGGGGCUGGUUCGUUUCUCAAAAUUUCUGCUUGCGGGCGACUGACUCGACUCUGUGGGUGCAUGGGCUUCCCUGCACCAAGACCGAUGCUCGACUCCACACCGAAAAGGGCAUGAACACACACAACAGCCUCCAAGGAGAAGAGUCUAGUACCGGUAGCUUCCAUAGCACCACUACUAUAUUGAAUAGCUUCAUUCAUGUGU